CCCCCCUCUUCUUUGCGUGCGCGCGCUAGCAGGGGAUAUUGAGCUGAUCCAGGGCUAGAUUCCUUUUCUACUGCUACGACGUCAUCCAUUGUGGCCAUCAUCAUGUUCAAAAAGAAGCCUACUAUCAAGAAUCUCUCCCCCCUCCGGUCCUCAGACCGCCGCAAGAUCGCCGACCAGAUCAUCAGUGACUACAAGAUUGAGAUCCCUUCCCACCCGCCAGCCGAGCCCAGCGGAGAUGAUUCCUCCACGGCAAACCCAGCACUACCCACUCUCUCAACGAUCCGAAAUAGCCUAAUUCCGGAAAACUGUUUGUCUGCUCGCUUCACAACUACCGCCGGCCCAGAGCUUCGAGAAGUGCAAGGCACCGUGUAUGUCGGUACGCACAGCGAUGGAGAAGAACGGGUGCUAUGGUUCAAGAUUGAGCACGGUCCUGGCGCCGAUGGACGCCUGUACCCUACAGUAUACACGCUCUGGCACAACCCGAAGCUAGUCCCGCUCCUUCAUACCCCGGAGUUAGUCAUGCGAAAACUCCACGGAGGCGCAGACUUGAUGACCCCCGGACUGGCGAACGAGCCUCCGUUUCCGGAGCGCGCCGUGAAGGAUGCAGUCGUUGCGGUCGCCAGUCUGGAUCGCGAGACGGUACCGCUUUUUGUUGGAAUUUGCGAAAUCGAUAUCUCAGCUUUGACGGAAGUUCGGGGAACAAAGGGACAUGCUGUUCGAGGUCUCCAUUGGGAAGGUGAUGAGCUGUGGGCAUGGAGCCCGUCUUCUCGGCCUGGCCAACCUGCUCCGGAAUAUAUCCAGGGGUGGUCUGAUGAGGAAGAGGACGGCGAGGGCGAAGCUGGUGAAAUUCAAGAAGGAGUUGAGGGGCUGGCAUUGGGAGACAGGGAGACUGCCCUGGCAGUUAGUAGUGCGGAGCAGGUCGGAGAACCGUCCGACGAACAAGCCGAGGAAGCACCAGAGAUUGAAGAAAAAGAACCUACAACAAAGGCAGAAAUCGAUGAGGCCUUUGAGAAGGCAUUUAUCUACUCUCUGUAUAAGCUGAAGCAGGAUAAUCCCUCGGCUCCGAACCACGGAUUGUCUCUCCCUAUCUCGCCAUCCGCUCUGAUAUCAAACAUGAUCACACCUUACCUUCCGAUAUAUUCUGCACAGCAAGCCCAGUAUUACCAGAUCAAGAAAACCAGCUGGAAAAACGUGAAAAAGUUCAUCAAAUACCUUGAUAAGCAGGCUCUGGUGAAGUCAAAGGAUCGCAGUGGCCAAGAGACGGUGAUUUUGGAUGUGGAUUUUGAUGACCGCCGCGUCGGAGAAUUCGUCCCGUAUAGAAUACCCUCGAGGAGUGCCCUCGAAUGGCCAGGGAAAUCUUCGACGGCAGCGGGCAAAAAGCCAGCGACUAGCAGUGCUGAUGGCGACCCCUCCGUUGGCCAAACGCUCACUGUGCAGAACCUCUACCGACCAACAUCGAAGCUCACUCCUACUAUUUUCCCAUCCCUAGGCAGCUCCAACCCAAGCAACUACUAUAAAUACUCGGAUGUCUCUACGCAUUUGGACCAAUACAUUCAGUCCCAGAAUCCGCCAAUUGUCGAUCCCGCGAACAAGCGCAUACUCUCCCUCAACCCUUUUCUCGCGAACACCAUCUUUACUUCCUCGUCGGCCGAAGACAAGACCACCAUUUCUCGUGGCAAAACCACGCGCGAUUUCCUGCUGAGGCGGUUAGUGGAAGACUCCAGUAUGAUGGCACCGCACUACGUCAUCCUCAAGCCAGGCCAGGCCCUAGCCGACGUGAAGCCGAAAGCCGGCGCAGCACCGAAGGCGACCAUUACUCUUGAGCGUCGGACAGGCUCCAAAACCGUCACAAGGGUAUCCAACCUGGAGGUCUUUGGGAUCAUUCCGAAUUUAUUGGCUGAGGAGCUGCAGAAGAAGUGCGCCAGCAGUACCAGCGUCUCCCAGGCCACCGGGGCACCUAAGGGAGUCAUGGAGGUUCUUAUCCAAGGAGAUCAGCGAAAGGCACUGGAAACCGCACUGACCAGAAGAGGACUCAAAUCGCAGUGGGUGGAAGUGGUGGACAAGACGAAAAAAAAAAAGUAG